AUGGAACUUCGACUAGCUCAGGACUCAUCCUAUCUCCAACAGGGUGUUCAUAACCUAGGGCAUGAGUUCUGGUAUGUUACAGACCCUCAGAUCACCGACAAGGGAAAGGCGCAAUGUGCGCAGCUACGCCAAGAGUUUCCAUACCAUUCUGCCGUCGAAUUGGUGGUCGCGUCGCCCCUCCGGAGGGCUAUUGACACAGCCUUGCAAGGCUUCGCUCCUGUAUGGGAGGGGCGCCAGGAUCUGAAAUUGAUCCUGAACCCGGAUCUACAAGAAACGAGCGACUUUCCAUGCGACAUUGGCAGCGAUGUGGCAAGCCUGCGCAAGGAGUUUGAACAAAGCAGUGUAUCAUUCGAUUUCGAUCUGAUGCAUGAUACCUGGAACCAAAAGGCAAGCUGA